UUCUGGUUUGGUGAGUUUUAGAAGCAGGUAGUGUGUACACCAUACACAGAUCAGAAGAGAGAGAAAGAGACGGACGGAAAGAGAGAGCUUUCUGAAAUUAAAAGAGAGGAGGGAAGACUAAACACACUUGCGAGGAAGAGGUUGGAGGGUUUAGGUUACGGACGGUUGAGAGCUCCAGCAGCAGCAGCAGCAGCAGCAGCAGCAGCACCUUCACUCAGCAUCAUGCAACCUUGAUUUGAGGGACGCGUCAGCUAUGACAGGAGGCGCAUUGACAGCGAACGAGAGGCCGGAGAGAACCUGACAGACAGCGCAAAAGGAGGAGAGGAAGAGGAAGGAAAGAUGAGUUGCUUUUGAACGGUGACAGAAGAACUUACAGCGUGACAGUGACUACACGUCCCAUCAUUCUACAGACACUGGCAGGCGAGGAGAGUCUCUUACUGCCGCAGCCUGUCAGCAUCAAAGCAGAGUGAAUGGACAGACAGAGAGAGAGUUUCAGACGAGUGUGAAUGUGCAAAGUGACUCCCAAAAGCCAAAAACGCACCAACUACAUCUUCUUGGCCUGCUCGUCCAUAUCUGCGCUCCUCAGUUUGGGAUACAGGCCCCAGAUUUGAUUGGAUGGUUUUGUCAGAAUGACAGCCGAAGAUCCUGCUUCCUCCUCAACCAUGAGCAAUAACACUGCCCCCUCCAAACCCUCUGGUGCCUCCCAUCACCCUCUUCACGGACAGAUCAACAUCCCCGAGGGAGUUGCAGGUGCUCCCAAUGAGGCCGCACUGGUGGCCCUGAUGGAGCGCACUGGCUACAGCAUGGUUCAGGAAAACGGUCAGCGUAAAUAUGGCCCUCCUCCUGGAUGGAAUGGUGCAUCUCCACCACGAGGAUGUGAAAUCUUUGUGGGCAAGAUUCCACGGGACGUUUAUGAGGAUGAGCUGGUCCCAGUGUUUGAGUCCGUAGGACGCAUCUAUGAGAUGCGACUGAUGAUGGACUUUGAUGGGAAAAACCGAGGGUAUGCAUUUGUGAUGUACACAGAGAAACAUGAGGCCAAGCGGGCUGUACGCGAGCUCAACAACUAUGAGGUGCGGCCCGGGCGGCUGCUGGGGGUCUGCUCCUCUGUGGACAACUGCCGUCUUUUCAUUGGUGGCAUCCCCAAGACCAAAAAGCGCGAGGAGAUCCUGGAGGAGGUCUCCAAGGUGACAGAAGGGGUACUAGAUGUGAUUGUUUAUGCCAGUGCUGCAGACAAGAUGAAGAACCGAGGCUUUGCCUUUGUAGAGUAUGAGUCGCACCGUGCAGCCGCCAUGGCUCGCAGGAAGUUGAUGCCUGGACGCAUUCAACUUUGGGGCCACCAGAUUGCAGUGGACUGGGCUGAGCCGGAGAUUGAUGUGGACGAAGAUGUCAUGGAGACAGUGAAGAUCCUCUACGUCAGGAACCUUAUGAUGGAGACCAGCGAGGAGACAAUCAGACAGGUGUUCAGCCAGUGGAAUCCUGGAUGUGUUGAACGUGUGAAGAAAAUACGAGACUACGCCUUUGUCCACUUUAACUCCCGGGACGAUGCCGUCCUGGCCAUGGACCACCUCAACGGCACAGAGGUGGAAGGUUCAUGCAUUGAGGUGACGCUCGCCAAGCCUGUUGACAAAGAGCAGUACUCGCGCCAGAAGGCCUCCAAGGGGGCUUCCGCCACUCCAGAGGCUGCUCCACAGAACUACGUUUACCAGUGUGAUCCCUACACAUUGGCCUACUAUGGUUAUCCCUACAACACCCUUAUUGGACCCAACAGGGACUACUUUGUCAAAGGAUCCCCAAUGAUACAGAACAAUGCAGGUACUGUGCGAGGUCGUGGUCGUGCUGCUGCAAGUAACCGUACCCCUGGACCACGGGGGUCGUACCUGGGGGGUUACUCUGCUGGUCGUGGCAUCUACAGCCGCUACCAUGAAGGCAAGACCAAGCAGACCGAAAAGCCCUAUGAGCUGAUGCCCAGUCUGGAGCUCGCUGCCUCUGUCAACCCCGUUGGCAUCAAACCUGGCACAAUGGCAUUGCAGACUCUGGGUGGGCAGUACCCAGUAUUCAGCACGGGUCCUGCAGCCAAGCUGAUGGAGGAGGGGAAGAUGCACACGGUGGAGCACCUUAUCAACCCUCUGGCCAUGCAACACCCUGAACACACCACCGCUAAUGCUGCUGCUGCCACCGUCCUACCUGCGGUCUCUACCCCUCCACCUUUUCAGGGCCGUCCAAUCACUCCUGUCUAUGCCAUGGCCCACAAUGUACAGCGUAUCCCAACAGCUGGUGGCCUGUAUGGAGCUGGAUACGUCCCCAUCACAAACUACGCUGCCAACACAGCAGCUCUGGCCGCUCUGCAGAAGAAUGCAGCGGUGGCGGCUGCAGCAUAUGGGGGAUACACAGGCUACGCUGUGCCACAGGCAUUCCCUGCCACAGCCUUCCAGUUGCCAAUCCACGAUGUCUACCAGACAUAUUGAUUCUGAGGGUCACGUGAAACAACAACAAAGUUACCCUGCCUCUGACUGAACGACCACCGCAACGUGCACAGCCUGUCCCAUCAUACAGAGGCGUCACUUGAACAUGUGAACAUCCAAAAGCUCUAAAGGAAUGUCGUUUGAAGCAUAUAUUUAGAAAACAGACAGUGAAACAAUGACAUCUUGACAUCUCGUAUCUGUCCCACCUAUGGCCUCAGUAUAUCCUGGACCCAAAGCAAUCACAUGACAGGCUUAAUUAUGCAGCAUCACUGUCAAUUAUAACACACAGAGAGGACAGUCAACUUACUGAGGAAACCUACCUGAAUGUGGUGACACACACAUCACCCCCCAACAACAAGCAUUGCUCACAAUAACAACAGUCACAAGUCUCUCUCUCUCUCUCUCUCUCUCUCUCUCUCUCUCUGACCCCUGCCACUGUGUUGCCAUGGCAACAUAAACACUGAAGGUACAUUCAAGUAUUUAUGAAGAGAAGCAGAUAUUUAAGGUUUUAUUCUCUGUAGGUUUCUCUCAUUACUGGGGUUGUAUUUGUUCUCUGGAGCAGGAAGGAUAGACCUUUACACCAUGUCUAAACACAAAGAAAGAAAAGUUGAUUGAAAGAGAGUAAAAGUACAACAGGAACUACUGACAAGAGAUGAUACCACUGAAGACAACUGUUUUGGAUAUACUAAUGUUUUUGGGUUGUUUUUUUUAUUAGUAUUUUUCCAUUAAUAUAUAGUAUUCUAGCCAAUUCUACAUGCUGUAGGUGAUGCUGUCCGUCCAUGCUGGUUGAAUGUGUAUGCUUCAAACAUGCCUGUUUGGUACUUUUUGGUUUAUUAAGUUUUAUUUGUGUUUUAAAUGAAGGUUUUAAGUGUUGUGCUCAUUUGCCUAUAAUUAGUUUGUUUUUUCCUCUUUAACAUUUGGAAACAUAUAUCUUGGUUUGAAGGAAUGUUGCCAGCUAAAUAAUAUUGUUGCGACAGAUUCCUUGGGGAACAAAUACUAGAGAAAGAAAACUGGAAAAUGAUGGGCAAUAUAGUUUAUCUAAAAGCCUGACAGAUGUACUUGGAGAUGUUCCCCAUCCUCAGAAACUGCGCUGACAGGGGAUUAAGACUGAACAGAUGUUAGUUGUUUUGUUUUUUCUCAUUUAUGCAUUACUGUUUGUUUUUAUUGUUUGAAUUUUUGAAAGGUGAACAAAUAUGGACAGAAAUGAGAAACAUUUUUUCUAUAAAGACUGGAGCACUCUGCCACUAAAAGAGCUCCUGCAUUUGCCAAUGCUAACCAAAAAACCAUAAAAACUUUAGUCUCAUGAUAGUAGAUAGAUUGAGCCUGAAUACAGUGCCUUAAAUCUGCAUACUGUAUGUGCUACCCUAUGCUUUUCACUGUGCCUUUCACAACGAAGCCAAGACCCUGUGGUUGGCACAAAGAGGAAAGACUCACAUGAAAACUGAAGUUUUCUCCAUUCAUAAUUCCAAUCAACCAGAUUUGUGGUAUUACUGUAUUGUGGUGAGACACGUAGGUUUCAGUCUCUGCAGUCAGAUGUGACAAGGCUACCUCUCUCCUGUAGUCUCUUUUCUGAAUGCUCCUGCAGUAACACUCCGUAUUUCUGUCUCCUCUUUAUUUCUCGUCCUCCAAACUGUGCUUGACCGAGGUGCACUUAAAACGUAUUUAUAAAAGGCAACAGAUUGCCACUUUCAGAUGAAGAGAUAUUAAAUACUGAGUAUGAAUUCAUGUCUGAACUUGGCUAGUUUGGCGUUUUAUUCAAUGUCUGUUUUUCCUUGCGGAUAAAGCAUUAAACAUUACAAUAACCCUGAUGAAUGUUUAGUAGGCACUUUUUAAACUCUGCAGUGUGUUGAAAACAAGUGUAAUAUUGGACUAGGAAAAACUGGAGCAAUACCUCGCGCUGAAAUAUACAAGUAGCCAGGCAUGUAUCUAUGUACCACAACACACAGACAUAACAGAUGCAAGAAGCUGCUGAUCAUGAAGUUACACUCCACAACAGCCAUCUUUAUCUUGUAUAAGAGCAUGCAACACAUGUGUAUGCUGACUUGUAUUUGUAAACCAGUUCCAGUACUUUUGAAUUUUCCAAUUUUAUUUUUAAUUCUCUGUGUAUUCUCAGAUAUUUUUCUUUUUACUGCAGUUUACCCAUAAAACAGCAUGAUGAGUUUGACCAGCCUGGAUUCUGAGAUUGUAAAUGAGAUCAUGAGUUAAAUGAAAAGAUAUCAAAGAAGCAAACAAGAUAUAUUUGUUUAAGUCUAUUCUCAGUUCAUUUAGCUACUUCUCUCCCCUCUGAAACUGGAUUUGACGUAAAAACAAACAAACUGCUGAUAACUGCUUUUAUUAUUUUCUUGUAUGAUGACAAUAAGUCAGGAUAUAUUUAAUAUAUGCAUUACAUGUUUUGUGUAUGAAGUAAGAAAAGGUAUAAUAUAUUCUAAAACAUAUUUCUUUUCUUUAUUUACACCUUGUUUAGGGAUAAGAAGUCAGAGUAAGAAAAGUAGAAAAAAAAAAGUUUUUUUUUUGCCAAAGUGUCCAAUAGUUUUUAAAAAAUUCAAGGUUAUUGUGUUUCUGUUGUGUGUAAUAUUUUGUUUUCUAUUUUGAACUGGAUUUGGUGUUAUGAGUGGGAGCACAAAGGCCUUGUCGUUCAACUACAUUUUAUCAGCUUCAACAGCAAAGACUAAAACUGGUCCAUUGUAUGUGUGACAACCCAUCGGCACUUUGAGCUGCUGGUGUUGCAACUCCUGCAUGUCAAUUUUGGCUAAACUGUUAAAAGAUCUAAUCAUUAUUUAACAGCUAUCCAAAUGUCACGUGCUAGAUGGGACUUUCUGCCUUCCACUCAGAGCACCAGCUUUUCUUUCUCCCUCCCUACAUUUCACCCACGAUACAGCAGUAGGAUGAACUCCUGCUGUUCGUUGUGUGAGUGGUGUAGAGCUAUAUUUGCCUAGUUUAACAUAGGUGUUACCAUUUAAACUCUUCCUAGUGUGUGCCUUAUUGCCAAGAUGUGCCCUUUGCUAUACCUUUGUAGGCCUAUGCAGACUGUUUUCUAUCUAAAGGUUUGUUUAAAAAAAAAAAACUUGUUCGGUAUUGUUAUAUUUAUAGUGAUAAAGUAGAUAAAUAAAGCAUUUUCAAAAGGA